CCAAUCUCCGAUUCCCUCCUCCACGCUCUCUUCUUUUUUAUUCAUUAAUUCCUUUGUUUCUGUGUUCUUUUCUUUUUUCCUUCCUUUUGGCCUCAAUUUCUCAGUAGGGGUGUGGUCACGGGGUACUGAAACUGUAGUCAUUAAUCCCUGUGUCGAAACAAAAGAGCAGCAGAAUUGAGGAAAUGGAUCCUCAUCUUUGGCACAAGGUUGCUGCAAUAUCUGGAAUGGCAGCACUUGGGUUGGGAACCUAUGGUUCUCAUGUCUUCAAGCCCAAAAAUCCUGGUUACAAAGAGGUUUGGCAGACAGCAUCAUUAUAUCAUUUGGUACACACUGCAGCCUUGCUUGCUGCUCCCACGACUAGCCGCCCUAACAUUUUUGGAGGACUUUUGACGACUGGCAUUCUGGCUUUCUCUGGGACGUGUUAUGCUGUUGCCUACCUUGAAGACAGAAAAUAUGCAACCUUAGCUCCUUUUGGUGGCUUUGCAUUUAUUGGUGCUUGGGCAAGCUUGCUGUUUUAGGAACUUUUAGCACCCUGAUUAAGGAAUAGCUGCUUCACUUCUCAAGGUUUUGGAGCAUGCAUUCAGGACAAGCCUGUUGUUACUUCAUGUGUGGUUUUUCUGGAAGUAUGUCUUUAGGUCACAUACACGUGGUUAGAAGUCAGUCUCAUGGCAAGUCCUUCAAGCUGUUGCCACAGGUUCAUUCCGUCAUCAUGUUAAAAGAUAUCAAGGAAUUUGCUGCUUACUCUUUAAGUACCUCUUAUCUUUGAUUGUUUGGUCUAGCAGUUCGUCUUAACUGGUUUGAUUAAAUUAAACUGCUAUCAUUUUGUAUCUCUUACAAAGACUCGUUCAAA